GCGCAGGCGUGCUGGGACCACGUCGCGCUGCCGUUGGAGACCCUCCGGAAGUGCUUGAGGGCCGGCUGGUUCUGGGCUCCCUACUACAGCUGUGAUGGCCGUUCGGUAGGGUCUAGAGACUUGGCGCUGAGGGCGGGCACCGCCAACCGAAAUCUGCCUCUUCAGCCAGGUCCAGGUGCUCACGUGAGGACCCUGACUGUGUGCUCUGGGUUAGAGUGGCCAGCCCGUGAGGUGGACCCCCACAGCCACAGGCCUGGACCUGAGAGGGCGAACAGAAUCUUCCUGGUGACCUUGAACAAGGAAAAUGCGAGCUUCAUCUGAAGACAGGGAGGGGUUGCGUCUCUGCUGAAGAUAGAGAAGUAGUUUCUGGACUUGGACCUCUCUCUUCCAGAACUACUGUAAACUUUCUAAUAAAGAUAACAACAAAGUUUAAAGACAAAUUCAUCUUGAGGAAAUGCUGAUAAUAUGGCAUGUGUAUGUGGGAGUUCAAAAAUCUCUACAGCAGAUAGUCUUGUUUUAGGGGCAGAAAAAUUGUCUAAAUCUUUUACCUCACUAUUCAGCUGAAGUUCUUAAUCUCCUUGAGGUUCAUAGAACACUUUGGGCAUAGAAUGAAACUGAAUCUUCUCAGAAUCAUGUUUAUAUCACAAUCCUUUGUACUUUUUUAGAUGAAAAAAGGCUAUCCAGAUUAUGAUUGGCAUCUUUCAGGUUUUGAUGUGGCAUUUCCUUUUGGUUUUGUAUAUGGGACAAAUCAAAGGAGUCUUUGGAACAUAUGAACCCAUAACUUACAAAACAGGAUGUGCUUUAUGGGGAGUUUUCUUUAUCAUUUCAGGAGCUAUCAUAAUAAGAUCAACAAAUCAUCCAACUCGAGGCCUGAUUAUAUCUGCAUUGGUCAUGAACAUCUUCUCCAUAAUUACGGCAAUUAUUGCAGUAGUUCUGAUAUUUAUUGAGUUGUCUAAGUUUAAGUCUGUGUCAUAUAGGAAUUAUGGACAAGCGAAACUUGGGAGGGAAGUUUCUCGUGUUUUAUUGUUCUCUUACCCCUUGGAAUUUGUUACUGCAUUUGUGUAUGCAGUCUGCAGCUGCUCACAUUUGAGUCAGAAACGAGAAGAACAUCCUACGCCUGUUACAGAGGAAGUUGAGAGCACUUUUUAAAGACCUUAAAAAUGCAAGAUUUUGGCUGGUGCUGAUACCUGCUGUGGACACUAAUGAUACUUCAGUAUAAAAAAGCUGUCACAAAGCCCACAGGCUUUGUGCAAAAUAAAAUAACAAAAUAAGUCA